UUGUGAUAACAAAACAUGACUUCAUCAAAAGUCCCUUUUGUGGUGCUCCAAUCUUUCUCCAACCUGCAUCUCAACAUGCCGGUGAUUGGAUUUGGCAGUGCUUCAUUUUCUAGCACCGGCGAUGAGACGAAAGUGGCAGUGCUAGAGGCUAUAAAACUUGGUUAUAGACACUUCGAUACAGCUUCAAUAUAUGGGUCAGAAGAGGGCCUUGGAGAAGCAAUAGCUGAAGCACUUCAACUUGGCAUCAUAGGGUCUAGACACGAACUCUUUAUCACUUCCAAGCUCUUUUGCUCCGAUAAUCAUCCUCAUCUUGUUGUUCCUGCUCUUCAGAAAACACUUCAGUCUCUAAAAUUAGAAUGUGUAGAUCUUUAUUUGAUCCACUGGCCCAUUACUGUGAAGCCUGGAAAUUUGGAGUUUCCUUAUGCUGAAGAGUCCGUAAUGUCAUUUGACUUAAAGGGUGUGUGGACAGCAAUGGAGGAAUGCCAAAAACUAGGCCUCACAAAAUGUAUUGGAGUCAGCAACUUCAGCUGCAAAAAACUUGAAAAUCUACUCUCCUUUGCUACAAUUCCUCCUUCUAUCAACCAAGUUGAGAUGAAUCCAACAUGGCAACAAAAGAAGCUCAGAGAAUACUGCCAAGCAAAAGGUAUAAUCAUAACAGCAUACUCCCCUUUAGGAGCCAAAGGGACCAUUUGGGGUGCCAAUGAUGUUAUGGACAAUGAAUUGCUCAAGGAAAUUGCAGAGGCUCAUGGCAAAUCUGUUGCUCAGGUAUGUCUUAGAUGGUUGUAUGAGCAAGGCGUAACUAUGGCUGUUAAGAGCUACAACAAGGAGAGAAUGAAGCAAAAUUUGGAAAUAUUUGAUUGGUCACUUACAAAAGAUGGCUACGAAAAGAUUAAUCAGAUCAAGCAGAAUCGUAUGGUCAAGAAUGGACCACUAAAGUCCAAUGAUGACCUUUGGGAUGGAGAAAAUUAAUACAAUAAUCUGAAAGUUGUUCACAAUAGUAAAAAAUAUUAGAUUUUGCAUUAAAAAAAAAAAAAAAACUAAGUUGUGGAAAGCCUAAGAUCUAGAAGAAGAACACGAUAAGAAACUUAUUAUUAUUAUUAUUUUGUUUUACUUUGCAAUUCAUACGACGCCUACUUAUAUAGAAUUUCAAAAAUUGUGACGUACUUCCAUGAUACCAAAUUUUAAGGAAGUAAUUCCUAAUUAGUGUACUAUCGUA